UGCUGCAGAUCUAGAAAUUCAUUAAAAAUCAAUUCUUUGUCUCAGUCAGAAUGAAAAUUUUGAUUUUUGCUCUAUUUUUAAUUUUUACGGUGUUUCUUCAAGAUGUUGAAUCAACUCUUGGGGAAAUAAUCAAUCGAGAUGGAAGCAUAUUUACCCACCAUGGAAAACUUGCUAGAAUGAAUCCAGAUGGGAGUAUUCAUGUAUUCUCUAGGGCAGAGCUUCAAAGAAUGGAUAAAAUGCCGCUGAGUCGGUAUUUUGCCCAACGCGGCAUAACAGUAUUUGGAGAAUCAAGUGGACAACGCCCGUUAUCCCCAGUCAAAUUUCAGAAUGAUGAUGUACUACAUCAAGGUUCAGAAGCUCCUGCAGUAUACCGCGGUCAGGAAUUUUAUAAAUCAGGACCUUUGCAAUCAGAGUUUGUGCUUCCAAGAGAUGGUGCUGUAGUGACACGUAAUGAAAAAAAUUAUGCUGUACAUGAGAAUGGUGCAUUUCGCCGCUGGACGCCAGAGGAUGAUGUUUUGUCCAGAAGAACUCAGUAAACAACGGAAGAAAAGACGCAACUCAAACAUUUGAUGUUUUUCAAUUACUUCUAGGUCUAAAUAGUGAGUAAAACAGUUUGUAAAAGUGUUGGCUUCUCCCUGAGCGUUUUUUCCCUAUAGGCAGGUUUUUCCGUUCAGGUUGCACUGAAAUAAAAUUGCGUGGAGGUGCAGGCAAAUGCAGGAGCUUG